AUGAGCCGAAGAUAUAAGCCUACCAAGGACAGAAAUGAUCCAAGGUUGGAAGUGGGGUUGCGGUUCAAUACCAAGGCCGUUUUUACAGACCUUAUACGUCAUCAAGGUGUCCAGUUGGGUAAGAAGUUGAGGCUCAAAAAGAAUGACAACAUUCGUUGUAUUGCAUACUGCAAGGGGUUGCUGCGAAGUAAGAAGGUUAAAGCAGGAAGAUAUGAGGUUAUUUCCUGGGAUGACAUUGGGCAAUUUGUGGAGAAGGUGCAUAUGGAGUUGAAGAUAACAAUUUCGGUGGGAAAGGCGAAGCGUGCAAUGGCACGUGCGAGGAAACUGAUCGAGGGUGAUACAAUCAAGCAGUACAAGAGGCUGUAUGAUUAUAGGGCAGAGAUUUUGAGGACAAAUCCAUGGAGUACCGUUGUCCUAGCAACUAGGCGCCUAUCGGAUGGAACUGACAAGUUCAAUGGAAUCUACAUAGCUUAUGAAGCUUGUAAGCCUUCCUUCAAGCAGCAUUGCAGGCGUAUGAUAGGAUUGGAUGGUUGCCAUCUAAAACGACAAGGGAAGGGCAUACUCCUCACUGCCAUUGGAUUAGACCCGAAUGAUCAGAUCUUUCCCGUCGCCUACGGUGUUGUAGCCAUUGAGAAUACGGAUACUUGGAGGCCUUAUCAAUGUGUCCGAAGCUGCUGCCAUAAUGCCGAACACCGCUUCUGUGUGUGGCAUAUGCACAACAACUUCAAGAAGGUGUUCCCAUCUCCAACGCUAAAAGACAAGAUUUGGGAAGCAGUCCGUUCAGCAAAUGCAUACGCCUUCGAGAAGGUGAUGGAGGAGGUGAAACAGCUAAAUACCGCUGCACACACGUGGCUUACUGUGCACACUGCCAAGGAGAGCUGGAGUCGAGCUUUCUUUGGUUUUGAGGCCCAUUGUGACAUUCUAGUCAACAACAUUUCAGAAUGUUACAGCAAAGUCCUAUUGAUUGCGCGGGACAAGCUCUUGUAUGGUAUGCUGGAAUGCAUCCGAAUGUAUUUGAUGGACAGGAUCACCACCCGACAGAAGAUGGCUGCAAAGUUGGAGGAUUGUGUCGGACCCAAGAUAAGGAAGAAGCUUGAGAAGCUAAAGGAAAAGGUUAGAGAUUGUAUGGUGAGAGAGGCUUGUGAAUGGGUGUAUCAGGUGAACACCAAAUUCAAUGAGCAGUUCGUGGUGGAUAUACGAGAUCGGAGUUGCAGCUCUAAAUGCUACUCAACGGAGACAUUGCAAUUGGUGUAUGCGCCCAUCAUCUACCCGGUACAUGGACCAGAUACGUGGCCAAGGACUCCUCAUCCCGAUAUCGUUCCACCAAACCUUACCCGAUUGCCCGGACGUCCGAAGGGAGCAAGGCAAAAAACGGCUGAAGAACUGGCUGCCAGAAGCAAGGUCAAAACAAAGGCAGCAAGGAUAGCCCAUCAAGUUGUCACAGUCCGAGAUGGGGAGGAUGGACGCCAGAAAAUGUCGAGGAAGGGGCUGAUGCCAGAGUACAAGUGUCGGCUUUGUGGUGAAAAAGGACACAACAAAAGGAGAUGUCCCCAAGGCAUUCAAUUGGGCAAAUCGAAAGGGUCAAUGGUUAGGAGGGAGCGUAAUCGUGAUAAAGAACAACAGACUUGUAUAUUGUGCCACCAACCCGACCACAAUAGGGCAAGUUAUUCAAGUGCGGUUGCGGAUAUGUUUGCAGAACCCGGCUCCUCAUAUACUGCUGCCUCUGUUCCCGCGAAGAAGAAACCACCCAGUAAGAAGAAGGGUGUUUGA